GUCAGUUAAUGUCUGACACUCGAGCAAGAUGGUUGCCUCCAAUUUUCUAGAGACACAGCCACCAAGAAGUAGCACUCCUGAAAUGGAGGAUUCUAAAGUUAGUUCAUCUCUUUUGGUCCCAUCGAGGAUACCUAGUCCGAGUCAGACACCGCCUCCGCCAUAUUCUGUGGUAGAUUUUACUACAAACCAAAUUGAAUGGGAGGUUCGAAAGGUCGAUUUGGGAGCCACUCAUGCUGCAAACGGAGAUGUUCUUCUCGAUUUGGAUUUGGACGAAAAUGUGAAGGAGAAGAAACGAGAUGGCACUCUGCUUGCAGACGAACAGCCUCCUGCUGGCGCCAAUGAGGAGGAGGAGGAGGUGGAGGAUCCAUGGGCCCUGUCUGAACUGAAAGACACAAGCACACCUUGGAAUGAGCUAACAUGCUGUGGCAAGAUGAGCCGAGUGUUAGUAAGCUGGAUCUUCAAGCCUGUUCUCAUCAUUGGACUUCUUUACUUCUUCAUCUGUUCCCUUGAUCUGAUGAGCUCUGCUUUCCGUCUCCUUGGGGGUAAAGAGGCUGGCGAAGUCUUCUCCCAGAACGAUCUUCUCAACAACCCUGUCUGUGGUCUGAUGAUCGGCAUCCUGGCUACCGUCCUAGUCCAAAGCUCCUCCACUUCAACCUCUAUCGUUGUCAGCAUUGUAGCGGCUGGAAUCCUGCCUGUCAGACCUGCCAUCUUCAUUAUCAUGGGAGCCAACAUUGGUACCUCUGUCACCAACACCAUCGUCUCCAUGGCCCAGUCUGGUAACAGGUCAGAGUUCCGUCGUGCCUUCGGUGGGGCGGUUGUCCACGACAUGUUCAACUGGCUCUCGGUGAUCUGUCUGUUGCCUCUGGAGUAUGCAACCGGCUACCUCUAUCGUCUGACCAACCUCAUUGUCGCUUCCUUUAAAAUUGAGACCAAGAAGGGUGCCAAGUUGGAACUGCUGAAGGUGCUGACCAAACCAUUCUCCUUGAGAAUCAUACAGAUUGACAGCAAGAAAAUUUCCCAGAUUGCGACUGGAGAGCUAGAGGCUGAGAACCAGUCCCUCCUGAAAGUGUGGUGCAAGACAGAAGAGGUCCCUCAGAUUGUCAACCAAACAGCCAAUGCCUACAUUGCCAACACCACUGCUUACCCUCCUACUUAUACGACUGGUUGGGGAGGCUGGGGAGGCUGGGGAAAUGUUUUCAACACCUCCGGCACUGACACUGGAUUUAAUAAGACUACUACUGGAUAUCCUGUAUGGUGGGACGCUACUGGUACAUCAACACCUCCCAGUGGCAACCCUACCACAGACGCUUCGGGACAGAUCACCCAGAUGGUGAAGAUCAAUGUUGAGAAAUGCCACUUCAUCUUCAAUAAUACCGGUCUGUCAGAUCGAGCUAUCGGUGGCAUCCUCCUCGUAAUUGCUCUGGUCAUGCUCUGCAGCUGUCUCGUCAUGAUGGUCAAGGCACUUAACUCCCUUCUCAAGGGUCGUGUUGCUGGUAUCAUCCGUAAGACCCUGAAUGCAGACUUCCCUGGACCCUUCCGCCACCUGACGGGGUACGCUGCCAUUCUGGUCGGUGCUGGCAUCACUUUCUUGGUCCAGAGCAGCUCAGUCUUCACUUCCGCCCUGACACCACUGGUUGGUGUAGGGGUCAUCACCCUUGACCGUAUGUACCCGUUGACCCUGGGUUCCAACAUCGGCACCACAGCGACGGGUCUACUCGCUGCCAUGGCCAGCUCUGGGGACAAGCUGGAAAACAGUAUCCAGAUUGCACUCUGCCAUCUUUUCUUCAACAUCUCUGGCAUUCUCCUCUGGUAUCCCAUCCCUAUAAUGAGAAAUAUUCCAAUCAUGCUGGCCAAGAAGCUGGGCAACACCACCGCAAAAUACCGCUGGUUCGCCAUCAUGUACCUCAUCCUCAUGUUCUUCUUCCUACCCCUCUCCAUCUUCGGUCUUUCGCUCAUCAGUGUGUGGUGCUUAUUAGGUGUAGGUGUUCCCAUCAUCUUGAUUACUAUCUUUGUCGUAGUGGUCAACACCCUCCAAGCCAAACGGCCACAAGCUCUACCAGAAAAACUGCUCGACUGGGAAUUCCUGCCCCUUUGGAUGCACUCCCUUUCACCGCUGGAUCGCCUUAUAUCCAAGCUCCUUUCCGUGGGAAAGAGGUGUUGCCCAUGCCGAUCAAACUCUAAAGGAAGCCACAAUAUCAGUGGGCAACCACUGGUACACAGCAAUAGUGCUUCCCCGGUCAAGGUGCACUAUGACGUAGUGAAUGACCGCACAGAAACUUUGCCCGCCUCGGAACUUGGCAAUAACGGCGAUGCUAAGCGAUUGAGCACCCUAUGACCACACUCCCAAACCAUAGAUAUCGUGCUAACCAUGUGUAUUAUUUCUAGGGCAGUGCAAAUUACCUAUAUUUAUAUAUUUGUUUUCCAUCCAGUCACUGAUUCAGAAAAUGCAUGGCGCAGGAAAUAUAUUUUUUUAUACAUGUCUUAGUGUACACAGCCCAUCUCUUGCUAAUAUUCUAGACUUAAAAAUGAGUGGGGGAAAAGAAGGACAAAGCAACUACAUGUAUUCUUUUCAACAAUUACAAUUAAUUGGAAAGAUAGAAUAAUGUCCUUCAUUUGCGGAUUUUAAUAUUUGCAAAUGCCAAAGUGUGCCCUGGCAUCAUUUCUGAUGCAAAUCAUUUUCAACCUGGAUAUCCUAAGUAAGACCUCAAUUUUAAUGUAUAUGUCCAACUUAUUAUAUAGAUAAUAUAAUGGUUAGUUAAAU